ACAAUUGCACACGUUGUUGCUAGAAAACACAACCACACCCCCUUUGUUUUUCCUUCAUCAAGGUCGAUUUUCCAUUCCCAUUUUUAACAGUAGCUUCGUUUUCGCAUCCCAUCGCUGCUGAAAUGGCCGCGUUCUUAGCUCGGAAAUCACUUCUCGCCCUUCGCACCCGGCAGAUGGCUGUUGCAGGUCAAGGGCUUCACAAUCCCCAAAAUUAUGGCAUGCGAUUGAGUUCACACCUCUACUCUACCAAAUUAGAGGACGAGGAAAGGGAGAAACUUUCAAAGGAAAUGUCAAAGGAUUGGAGUGCUGUUUUUGAACGUAGCAUCAACACCCUUUUUCUCACUGAGCUUGUUCGAGGUCUAAUGCUGACGCUGAAGUACUUCUUUGAUAAAAAUGUUACGAUCAAUUAUCCAUUUGAGAAAGGCCCUCUGAGUCCACGUUUCCGUGGUGAGCAUGCACUCAGACGAUAUCCAACAGGAGAGGAACGCUGCAUUGCUUGCAAACUUUGUGAAGCGAUAUGUCCUGCCCAAGCAAUAACAAUUGAGGCUGAGGAGCGUGAAGAUGGCAGCCGCAGGACAACUCGGUAUGAUAUUGACAUGACCAAGUGCAUCUAUUGUGGAUUUUGUCAAGAGGCAUGCCCAGUUGAUGCCAUUGUUGAAGGGCCAAACUUUGAAUUUUCUACAGAGACUCACGAGGAGCUUCUAUAUGACAAAGAGAAGCUGCUUGAAAAUGGGGAUAGAUGGGAAACGGAAAUUGCAGAGAACCUGAGAUCCGAAAGCCUUUAUCGCUGAUAAUCCCGUUUGAUCCAUGACUGCUGCUUAUUCAGUCUUAUUACGCACUGAUAAAUAAAAUGAUCAGUGAAAUGGUCCCUUAAGAUUUGUAUGGACUAGUGGUUGUUCAACAAUUUUUAUUUUUUGGUGGACAUUUGUUCCAUUUCUGGCAUGUAUGCAAUUGUGAUUUUUUUUCUCUCCUGAAAUCUUGAACUAAUGAGUAAAUAAUUGUAAGAAUUCGACAAAUAAAUGUGUUACUUGGUAACCUUGAA